GAGGAAUCACAUUUUCCAUUGUUCCAGUUUGUAUUCUCUGUGCAAUUAGGCAUCGUUUCAAAGAAAGAAUUGAUUGGACUAAGUUUAAGAAUACGAAAAAUAGCCAGUAUCUACGACUGGAACUCUCUCUGCCACACUUUACUUAAAGGCUUUUUCAUGGCCGAGGAGAAAUCACCAUGGCAACUGCGCCCUGGCGACCUGGAAGCAUUCGUUUCUUCGCACUUACGUCAGACGGACAGUUUCUUAGCUGAACUCCGGGGCGCGCUGCACAACAUAGUGGCAUACAUCCAAACGCAAGCUUCGUUUUCCAUAUCUAGAUAUGUCGUGGGCGGCGAUCUUGCCGGAGGUACUACUGCCCUCAACGAGGACGCGGAGUUUCACCUUUUCCUUUUCCUCUCUGACUUUCGUAGCAUUGACGAUUACCAGAGGCGUCUAGAGGGCGUCUUGACCGAGACACGCGACCUGUUAAGCUCUGAAGGCGUGCUGCACGUGGUAAUGCUCAUCGAGCCAAACUGCGUGUCAGAUGCAGACGGGAUGCAGGUGAUACAAGUCAGGGUCAUGGCAGGGGAGGAGUGGCUGGAAGGGACCAUUGUCCCCGCUGUUGAUUUAAUUGGAUCAAGUCCAAAAAAAUCAAACAAAGAAACCAUGUACCGCCAGUUUGUGUUAGAUGAGGACAAGUCCCCUUACCAACCAACCCUGAGCGAUCUAAGAUUGAGCCUGAUUCAAAGCCUACCGGCUCCCGUGAAAGACACCAUCUUAUUGGUCAAACACUGGCGGAAGUAUCGCCUUCGUCUCCGCAGUGACAAACCAGAAACGCGGUUCUAUGAGCUGUUAGUGAUCCACUGCUGGGAAAUCGCGGGAAAUCCCAAGACGUUUGACCUCACUGUGGCCCUCAAGUGUAUCUUAAGUUGCCUGAGCGAAUGGAAAAACAUCAGCAUUAUGUGGGAGGACAGCAGUAGCUUAGCAUACCAAAGAAAGAUAGCAGAGGCAAAACAGCGGGAAAUUCUUGCAAGAUCACAUGAUAAUGCUGGACCAAUCGCACUUGACCCCAUUGAUCCACGUGUGGAAUACUGCACUGACGUCAAGACUCUCAUCUGGGACGAGAUCUCGCGUACGGCGAGAGAGACGUUGAUGGAGCCUCUUUUCAAAGGGUUGUCAGACGACGCCUCGUGGAAGACGAAAUGAGCAGAGCCAAGUUCAAACCUAUCCACUUCCACAAUACUGAGCAUCAAAAAAACCAACUUAUAACAUCCCCCCAUGCUGAAAUACGGCCACUGAAAAUUUCAAAACUAGUAAAUUUUUACCAGAAUAUGGUCCCAUUUCCGUGCACUGUUGACCAGAUUGCUGGCCCAUAAUAUGGCACAUGAUGUGUGUACUAUGCUCAAAUAUUAGGCCCCAUAGGCUCACAUGAUAGGUAAACUGAUCGCAACGACUUUUUGAAGUAGGCAAACCGUUUCAACAAUAGUAUACACCACAGAUAUAUAAACACAUGUAUGUGGUAUACAGAGCUUAAACAGCUAAUUGUGCCAUCACUGGCCAUCUUCAGCGUAUGUGUGUUUUGGAAAGAUCUCUUCCGCUUCAAUGACAAGCGCCCUCUCGUUACUCUACGCCCUCCAUCGAGGGCACUGCGCUUUAACUUAAAAUUAUAAUAGGCCUAUUAUUUGCAUAAUAAAAAUCCCUCCCUUUGUUAGACGCGGGUAUGCACAGUAAAACAAGAGCUGAAGCCAAACAGACCAUACUCAUGGUUAAGCCAUUUUGGUUGUGUUCCCUGUAUGUAUUAUGUUCAAUGCAAUCUGUCAAAAUAAUAAAGCAGUACAGACUAUCUUGGGCUCGAAGCCUCGCUUUCAAUUUUUUAAAUUGUUGCUUGAAACAUCUAGAUCUAAUUAAUUACAAAUUAAAAAUUCUUCAUCCGCAUAAAUGACAUAAAUUUCUACAGUAAUAGCGUUUAUUUCAGUGCUUUCCUUUUUAUUCUCUGGUGCAUAAAUCAAAGUUAUGUGGCCGACUUGUGAAUAAGGCCGAUUGGUGACGGUUCUGUUAGAAGUAGGCCUACCGGUACUGAAGGGCAAACUCUCAACCUCUUAAUGAUGAAUUUACCCAUGUAUUUCCGAAAUUGUUCAUAAUGAGUAAUAUUCUAAAACGAGUUUCCAAACCAGAGAAACUUAGUUUCAAACAUCAAAAGCAUUAUUAGCCGACCCCGCAAUAAAUAAACAGUUUCCUUUUUAAGAAAAAGAAGUCAUAAAUUUUCCAACAUUUAUUUGAUGAUUCUCGCUACUUCCCCUUUGCCAGAAAAUGUACCAGAGACUUAAUUUUGGUACGUCUGUCUCUCCUCACGUAUGCAUGAUAAAUUGCUGUUUAUAUCGAGUUUAAUAUCCGUCAAACCUCAUGCAAGCCAAAUUAAUUCUCCAGCGAAACACAUGCGUGAGAACCUGGUAUUCGUUUAACCUCACCAAGAUAUUUAGUGCGCCUGUAAAACAAAUCAGGAAUUCUAUCGGGCAAUUUCCCGCCUACUGAUUGAGAUUUUGUGUGUCUUGUUUACCUUAACGGUACGCCGUCUGAUUUUUUUUCCAUUUUUAAUAUACGGGCAAAGAAAAGGCUCCGCCGGCAAUUACUCUCAUUUCUGGGUCAGUGUAACGUUGAUUUCAGGGGUAAGAUGGGUAAAUUUGCAUGCUUUGGAGAACUGAGGGUAUUUGCAAGCAAGGGGAUCUUAGAGGAAACUGACUGCAGGUUCCCUUCUAGAAUUUGAUUCUUUUGGAGGCCUGGGGAUCAAACUGUGGAAUUAUGUGAUUAAUGCGAUUACUUGCGUGCAUAUUCCUAUGAUGCAGUGGUCAAUAUUUGCCUUGUUACUACUGCCUUGCGUAACAUUUUACCGCACACUAGAAAGAACAGACAGCCCAACGUGUGCGAUUCCAAAAAAAUAGAUUUGAUUUCAGUAAUUCAUGAAUUCGAUAGGCUGAGGUCAUUGAACUCUGGCGAUCGAUGGACAUGUGUCAGUAUCAACGCUCAUUCAGCGGGUAAUUUGAGUCGUAUUUUCACUUCUUUUCUGCAGUGAGGUUGUUGCUCCAAUAUUACGAGAUAAGAUGUGGAGGGGUCUUCAAUCCUGACUGAAAUUUUGGGUUUCUUCCUAAGGAGUAUAUUUUUCUUGUAAGUUCUGACGCUGGUGUAUCAUUAGAACUAGGAGUAUGGGACAGAAUCUGAAUCAACGAAUAAACUGCAUGAAAACUGAAGCAUUAUUCUAUUCGCGAGUAC